AUGUUGGACGGCUUGCAGAAGAGAAUGCGGGGGAGGUUUAAUGAUAGGUUGACGCCGGAAGAUGCUUUCUUGAGUUACUAUGACGUUCGGUUGACUAGAGAGGAUAUGCAGACUCUCAAGAACGACUGGCUCACGGAUAAUGUGAUUUCAUUCUGGGAGGAAUACCUCGAACACGAAUUUCUCGCAAAAUACCAAUCCUCCAACAUCAUACUCCUCCGACCUAGCAUGUCAUUUAUGCUCGCCCAAACUCGCGACCCUCGAACUCUCCGCGAGGCUCUCCCUGACUUCUCUCGUGCCACCCACGUCUUCCUCCCCAUCAACGACUGUCGCAAUGUCACACAAGCAGAAGGCGGCUCGCAUUGGUCGCUGCUACUCAUUUCCGUCGUUGACCGCAUUGCAUUCCACUACGACUCGCUAUACCAAGGGAACCAGUGGGAGGCUGCAGAUGUGACGAGGAAGUUCGGAGCUUUGUUGAACUUGCCUAUCAGCUUCAUGCAUCUGCGCGACUCGCCCCAGCAGGAUGGCGGCAGCGACUGUGGUGUAUUUGUUUGUCUAAACAUGCGGCAUCUUCUGCUCAAGCGACUGCUCAUGGCUAGUGCACAAGAGAAAAUUAGCAUGAGUCUUGGGGGACGGAAGGUUGAUGCCUCCGCUGGACGCAAGGAGAUGGCGAAGAUCAUUGAGGGAUUCCGUAAAGAGGGCGAGCGUCGACGAUCAAACAGUGUCAGUCGGAGUCCCAUGGGGAAGAAGUCUCGGAGCCCACCACGGAUUGAAUAA